AUGUCAAGUACACAUUUAACUUCAGAAAAACUAAUAACAACUGGUACUAUUGAAUCAGAACUUCAUUAUGGGCUAUAUAUAUGUGAUUGGUGGCUUUUUUCAGAAGAGAAAAAUAUACUUUAUUCUAUUCCUAUAAGGUUAGGACUUGAAGUUCUAAUUCAACUUAACAAAAAACUAUUUGUUGUUCAUGUAGUUUGUAAUAUACAUAGUCCUUUACAACCUGGAUAUAUAUAUGAAGAAAGUGGACAAAGCAGCAGUAUUGUUACAAGUACUUCUGCAGCAAUUAUAUCUUUUUAUCAAACAAUUUUUAGCAUCAAAGCAAAAUUUGCUGAGCCCGCUUAUUUAGGUUUAAAUCAAAUUAAAACAGCACAAAAAUUAUUAGAAGGUAUUAUUUUUUGCCCUUUUAUUGUUAAUAUAGAAAACUUACUUAUUUUUGUAUGUUCACUUGGUGAAUUUACACAUUCAAACCAAAAAAAAAUUAGUCAUUAUUCUACAACAUUUUUUCAUAAAUACAAAUCAAAGCAAUCAGCUUUCUUUCAAUGUUUCAAUAAAGAUUCAUAUUUGAUUACAAUUUAUCAAGAUAGUCAAAUUGUCACUGAAUAUAAGAACAAUUCACCUAAUGCCGUUUGGCAACAAAUUGGAGUUUUGAAAUCUAUUCCUGGUGAAACUUUAUUUGCUAUAAAUAACCUAACAAUUUUAUAUAAAUUAGAAGAAUAUAAAACCAAACUUCAAAAACCUAUAGUUAAAGAAUAUACAUAUAUAAAUUGGAUAAUAAAACAAUUAUAG